CAUUGUUUUUAUUCUCUUGAGGUAAUAAAAUUAAAAAGUUAAUCUUGAACUUAAAUUUCAAAACGAAAUAUUUAUUACUAAAAGUAAGAUAAGAUAUUGUGAAAGAUUUGUCCAUUGGGGACGAAGAAUAUAAAGCAAGUUUCACCAAUGGCGAAAAGCCGCGUGGAAUUGAAGACGACGCAGUUAUUAUGUGUUAUAUUUUGUUUAUUUCUAUCGAGUGGGUUAGCAGAGAAGGCGACGGAGGCCAAGGAUGAAACGAAAAAGAACGAAGAAAUUAGUAAGGAUGAUUCUUCAAACGACAAGGCAUCAAAGUUGCAGAUUAUUCCUGGCUUCGGCGGUCACGGCUUCGGUGGUGGUCAUUUAUAUGGGGGUCAUUUCGGAGGCCAUCACGAACAUUAUUGGGGACCAGGUGGUGAUCAUACGGCCGAAAUUGGGCCACAUACGCCGCCUAUUAAUAUAGGCCCUCACGCGCCCCCGGUCCAUAUUGGUCCUCACGUACCGGCCGUGCAUUUGGGCCCCAGAGUUCCGACCAUACAUGUAGGUACCCAUGCACCACUUUUACAUGUACGGCCCCAUACACCUUUCGUCCAUAUGGCCCCACCUGUGCCAAUGGUCAACGCAUUUUCGCCUGGACAUCCAGUGCACGUGAUGUCCCCCUCCACCGUGUAUCAUCAACCACCAAUUGUCUACCACCACCCUCACAUUGUCCCUCAUGCCCACCAGGACUUUGCCGCGCCUGUAGCCAUGCCUGUUGCUGGUUAUGGUGGCUUUGGAGGUUUUGGGGGCUUUGGAGGUGGAUUCGGAGGUGGAUUCGUAGGCUAUCCCGGCGCUGGGGCUGGGUUCGGUGGCCCUGUUUUUGGUGCUGGAUUUGGUCGUUCCAUGAUACCCAUGAUUCCAUUCGAAGCACCAUUUGCCGACAAUGACGACGAUGACGAUAAUGACGACGACGACGAAAAAAGUGACGAUGACGACGGUAAAAGUGACGAUGACGAUAAAAACGACGACGAUAAUGCCAACAAAGAAACAAAGGAUAAUGAUGAGAAGAGCGACGACGAAAAUAGCGAAAAAGAAUCGAAAAAGGAAAAGAGAAGUCCGGGACAUUACCUGCAAAAACGUCAAUUUGGAGGGUGGCACCCUUACUCACAUAUGGUGAAUGUUGGUCCCCACACUCCACCUAUUCAUGUUGGGCCACAUUACCCACCAGUUCACAUCGGUCCCCACGUUCCUGCCGUUCAUAUUGGGCCCCAUGUCCCAGUGAUUAACGUUCCAUCUCAUGUCCCUGCAAUUCAUGUCAGACCACGUGUUCCCGCAGUACAUCUUGGUCCCCCGGUCCCAAUCGUCAACGCUGGGAACCAUUUCCCUGCCGUUCACAUCACCUCCCCACCCACUAUCUAUCACCGACCUCCAAUUGUUGUGCAUCAACCUCAUAUUGUACAUGGCCCGGCUGCAUUGCCUCCAGGAUUUGGUGCACCCCCGCCGCCUGAAGCAGGUCUGAUACACCCAGAGGCCGCACCUGUUCCAAUGCCAGGCGGACCAUUUGGAGGCCCGCCUCCCGUCUUGGCAAGUUCCGGACCAUUCGCAUCCGCGCCAUUUGCAGCCCCUGGACCUGUAGGUCCAGUUGCUAGUCCAUUGCUUGGCCCUGGACCAUUACCUGGCCCAAUGUCUGGACCAUUACCUGGCCCUGGUCCAUUGCCUGGCCCUGGUCCAUUACCUGGCCCCGGAGCAUUACCUGGCCCUGGUCCCUUAACUGGCCCUGGUCCCUUAACUGGCCCUGGUCCCUUAGCUGGCCCUGGACCGUUACCUGGCCCUUUUCCCAUGGGACCACCAUUGGCCAAGAGAUCACAAGUCCCGUCAUAUAACAAAAAAUUUUCACUUCGUACUUUGCUGAACUCAGUACGAAGUCGUCGCCAAGCAUCAAACAGUGACAGCGUCAUAUUUGUCCAUCCGAACGGUCACAAUGGUAAACCGUCACCGUCAGCUCCUGGACUCGGUACUGCCGGGGGUCGUUCCAGUUCUCCUCUGGAUGGUACGUCCAACCCUGAGCUGGAAAACCUAAAAGGUGAGCCUGGCACAUCAGCCUUUGGAGAUCUUGGUGCAGGGAUGGGAGGACCAGGUCUGGGAGGUGCUGGUGAGCGAAGUUUAUCCCCCCUUGGCAUGGCACCUCACGGGCUUGGUGGUCAAGGUGGCAAUGAGGGUGCUGGCAUGGAUGGGCCAGGUGGAGAGUCCACCGCAGGCUUUGGUGGCUUACCAGGAGGAUUAGGAGGUAUGGGAGGAGGAGGUAUGGGAGGAGGAGGUGGAAUGCCCCCAGGUCUUGCUGGCAUGGGAGGUGGAUUAGGAGGUGGCCUAGGUGGUGGUUUAGGUGGUGGUUUAGGUGGUGGUGCCGGCCUUGGGGGUCUUGGAGGCCCAGGAGGUUUAGCUGGCGCUUUAGGAGGCGGUGGUUCUGAAGGUCCCAUGGGAGAUAGCCCAAUGGGUGGACUCGGUGGUCUCGGUGGUGGGCCAGAAGGUGGGCCAGAAGGCGGACUCCCAGGUGGUUUAGCUGGAUUGGGAGGUGGUGGCUUAGGUGGAGGUGGACCCUUAGGUGGAGGUGGACCCUUAGGCGGUGGCUUAGGUGGCCUAGGCGGUGGUCUUGGAGGAGGGUUGGGUGGUGGAUUAGGUGGAGGCUUAGGUGGAGGUUUAGGUGGCAGUCUGGGAGGCGGCAUGGGUAUGAGGUCUAAAGUGGAGAAACCCAAACAUCAUAAAAGAAUCGAUGUCAGUCAUUUAAAACUCGAUAAAGGUGAAAGGAAAGAAAUUGUUAAGAAGAAUGAGAUCCCGGUACCUAGUUUUAAGAAAUGAAAAACACCGGAAAUCGCGAUUCUAAAGAACCCAGGAUACGAAUGUAAAGAACUUGGACUUUUUAGUUGAAGAGUCUACAUUCGGUCAGUAUUCAACAAAAACAUAUGUGUAAAAAUUGAUUGCCAUGUGUUUGCAGCUGUUUGCAAAAAUUUUCUUAGAAAUACGUUGAAUCUAGCAACGAUUCUCUAUUUCUCAGAAUCAUUUUUGAAAUUGGCAUUUUUAAUUGAUGAAUCUCUGGUGGUCCUGUGAACUCGUACCACAUAAUCUGAUCAUCACUAAUUAUUUGAUGGUUUUAUAGAUAAAACUGUGGUAAAAUAGAUAAAAGCAAUCUGUAAACUCUAUAUGUACAUUUUUUAACCAUAAAUAGAGAAAUAUCUGAAAUUAUAUAACACAUUG